GAAUCUGUUUUCAUACUCAGAAAACCGAAAGAGAAGAAAAUAGAAUUCUGGAAAUGCUUAUAUGCACAUCUAACUCAGCAUGUUAGUUGCAAAAUUCUGUAAGUUUUUACUCGAAGAAGCAUCACAUUUUCUUCUUGCUAUCUUCAGAGAUUUCAUUCUUACUCUCCUUUAUCCGAACUGCUUUUAGGAUUAAAAAACCAAACCUGAAGCCAUAUUUUGGUAAUACCAAAACCAAACCAGUAGACCCAGAAGCAUCUGCCUCAGUUACAAGUCUCUACAACUAUAUUAAUGCAAUUUUUCAUUAGACAUUGAACUCGAGUGCGCAGCCGUUUCAUUCUAUAAACUCAAGCUACUUGAAACCCGAUAGACAAGUAUAAACAAAGGGAUACACAUUAUUAGGCAACAGGAAGUACGACGAAUUGAACUCGAGAGAAGAGUAAUGCUAGAACUAACUAAAAUCGUUUUACAAAGUUGAUUUAUUAAUUGAUGUGUAGACUGCAAUCGGUUUUUGAAUUUGGCCCAUUUAUUUAAAAUGUUGCUCAUAAUCUGACACACCACGUAAUGAACCAAAAUUUUCAACCGGUUUAAUUAAAUUAGCAUUGCCCGUACUUUUGAUACCAUAUUGAAAUCCAGGCGAAAUUCUUUCUUCUAAAGACUUAAGCUAUCCAAAGAAAUGCGAUACCUUCACCUAACAAAAGCUACACCAGGUAACACGUCAAUACAUGUGGGUUGAAACUUUAAAAAUAGCAUGAUGUCAAUACAAUCAAUCCCGGGCUGGCCCGACUGGCGUGUUUGACCUUUCUUCCAAAGAAAUCUAAAUGUUUUAUCAUGUUGGGUUGAAAUUUAGGUUGUCCAAAAACAAAAAUGAGAUAUGAAUUCGACCUUCUGAGUUUGUUUGACCAGAAACCCGAAACGUAAUGCCCAAGCAACGUGACUCCACCAAACGCCCUUUAAAUUGAGCUCACAAAAGCAAGAAGUAUCACACUCUUGAGAGACAUGGAUGGAGUGAAGUUGCAUGGAGUUUGGGCGAGUCCAUUCAGCACCAGAGUCGUAUGGGCAUUGAAGCUCAAGGGCAUACCAUUUGACAACAUUGAGGAAGACCUCUCCAACAAAAGCGCCUUGCUUUUGCAAUACAACCCAGUGCACAAGAAGAUUCCCGUGCUCGUCCAUGGCCGGCGGCCCGUUUGCGAGUCCAUGGUCAUCGUCGAGUACCUCGAGGAGACGUGGCCGCAAUACCCCCUGUUGCCCACCGAUCCUCACGAGCGAGCCGUGGCCCGUUUCUGGGUCAAAUUCAUCGAUGAAAAGGGUCUUAAUGUUUGGAUGGUGUAUCGGAGUGUCGGCGAAGAGCAAGAGAAGGCCAUGAGAGAGAGCCUGGAGAUGCUGUCGAUCCUAGAGGAGCAUGGUCCGAACAAGGGAAAGAAAUUCUUUGGAGGAGACAGCAUCAACAUCGUGGACAUUGCAUUUGGUGGGGUGGCAUAUUGGAUGGGAGCCAUCGAAGAGGUAUCGGGAGGCAAGAUGUUCGAUGCCGUGAAGUUCCCUCGCUUGAACGCUUGGAUGGCCGACUUCGAGUGCUUGCCCGUGAUUGCCGAGAACUUGCCCGAUCAAGGGAAGUUGCGCAAGCACCUCGCCCGCCUAAGAGAGAAAAGGUUGUCAUUGUCCGCACACAAAUGAUGAGCGGCCUCGAUGAUCGAUGUUGUAAGCUUGGGUACUAUAUAAAAGUACGAUUAUCAACUGGAUUCCUGUCUAUGUCUCUUUGUAAUAAUAAGACUUCCAAGUGAAGUAUGUACUUUGGUCGGAAGUUUCAAGUUGAAGCUUACUAAUUAGCAUAUGCAAUAAAGUAAAAUUCUAUUUUCA